AUGACUUCGGAUUCUCCUCUUAUUAUAUACCAGGGGAAAGCAUACCCAAUCGAUGAAGUUCCUGCUAAUCUUGCCACUUUACUUUUGGAAACUCUUACGUUGAGACAAUCUCAACAAUCUAAACCAUCGAUUGAUCAAAUCCACAGUGUGAAAGAUUUUGAAGCAAUUGCUCAAAAUGCUUUAAAACCCGAUGUAUGGAGUUACUAUAGAACAGGUGCAGAUGAUGAAAUCACCUUGAGAGAAAAUAUUGCUGCAUUCCAAAGAAUUUAUUUCCGUCCUAGAAUUCUUCAAAAUGUUUCUGAAGUUGAUCAAAGUACCACAAUGUUGGGGACUAAAACUUCAGCUCCAUUUUAUAUUACCGCCUUUGCUCAAAGUAAUUGGGGUCAUCCACUUGCUGAAAAGAACUUGACAUGGGCAGCUGGUGAAACAAAUUUAAUUCAAAUGAUUCCGCUGAUGUCUGGAUUCCCAUUUGAUGAAAUUGUAGAUGAAGCUACGACAAAUCAGGAACUUUGGCUUCAAAUUUAUGUUGAUGCUAAAAGAGAGGCAACUGAAAAACUUAUAUCAAGAGCCCAAGCACGUGGAAUCAAGGCAAUUUUCUUUACUGUGGACACUGCACAACUUGGAAACAGAGAAUCUCAAUCUAGAACUGAUGGAGUUCCAUUCAGUGUGUUGUUACCACAAGAUCCUUCUUUAGAUUGGGAAGAUAUCAAAUACUAUAAAAGUAGAUGUCCUGAUAUUAAGAUUAUUUUGAAGGGAGUACAAUGUGUUGAAGAUGCUGUUAAGGCAGUAAAUUAUGGAGCUGAUGGUAUUUUAAUUUCUAACCAUGGAGGUCGUCAAUUAGAUACCUCUAGAUCAUCUAUAGAAGUCUUGGCUGAAAUUAUGCCAGAAUUGAAACAUCAAAAUGUAUCUAAAGAAUUUGAAGUCUUUAUUGAUGGUGGGGUAAGAAGAGGUACUGACAUUGUCAAGGCGUUAUGUUUAGGAGCAAAUGGUGUUGGGCUAGGUAGACCUUUCUUAUAUGCCAUGUCGGCAUACGGCAAAGAAGGUGUCAUUAAGGCCAUCAACGUAUUAAAGAAUGAAAUUGAUUGUUGUUUAAGAUUAUUGGGGGUAAGAAGUAUAGAGGAAUUACAUCCCGGUUUAAUUGAUGUUGGAGAAGUGAAUAGAAAUAGAACUACAAUUAUGGAUAAUUGA